AAAAAAACGUCCUAAUAUUUUAUUUUCCACUGGGCACUUUCCGGAGUUUGAAAAUGAAACUUUGAAUUACCAUCCUCACUCCAAACUAUAACCCAAACAACUGACAGUUUCUCAAAUUCUAGUGAGCUUGUCUACCCAGACAGCAUUUUGGGGCUCGUUCCCAGUCAGUUCAGCAGAGUGAGCUCGCGUGAACUCGGUUGAAUCGGAAGUGCUGUCCAUGCAGGCGGCUCACCAGGAUUUGAGACACAACCCCGCGGGAGACACAGCAGCAGUCCGGUAACGUUACAUCUCAACUUUCCCCAGUUUGAUGGACCGGAAUCUACAACCUCUAAACUGAUUUUAGCGUGGACCCUCGCUUCCGCACGAACGCGGUAUCUUCUCUACAAACAUUCGGGAAGACCUCCGCGAACUUUUAUCGAGUGGUUUUGUUUGUUUUGAUGCUGAAGAGAUUUCGUCGCCGCUCCAUGGAAACUCUCCGCGAGGUGACACGUGUAUGAGCGCGUGCAGUGUUUCCCAGUCUGGAUGUCUGUGGGAUUGGUGUGGAUGCGCACGACUGUUUAUUAUUUUUGUUGGGAAAAUAUCGCGUCUCAUUUUUGGAGAGGACAUUAGGCUGCUGUUAGCUUUAGCAUAGCAAAGGCCUCGCCUGCUGUCUGGGUUGAGGAUCUGCCGCUGCUGUGUUGGCUGUGGACGUACACACACACAUUCAUUAUUAGGAAACUCAAAAGUGUUUUAAUUACCAAAGGAGUGUAACUUCGAGCAGUAGGACGUGUUUCGGCUUCACCUGGGAGCUGCUGCUGAAAAUGAAGUGAACCUCCUGGUCAGCACAACAGAAUAUGGAUGCAACUGCCUCAUGCAACAUCAAAAACCGAUGCUUCUCCUGAUGCAUCUGAAAAUGACUAUAGGAUAUAGGACGAAUAAAAGCUAAAAACAAAAGCCCAAUGAGCGACACACGGUCCCCAGUCACUGACAGAACCAGUAGCAUUCUCAGCAGAGACCCCCCUCCCGACAAGAGGCCCAAAAGCGAUAAGCUGCCUGGUACCCCUACACACGAGUUUGACCCUACAGACGUGCUGGUGCAGAAGAGUGGAUUUGUAGUGGCUGACAGGAGACCUGAGUCUUUUGGGCUGGUUCAGAGAUGCGUGAUCAUUCAGAAAGAUGAGAACGGCUUUGGGCUGACCGUCAGUGGGGACAACCCUGUUUUUGUGCAGCUCGUCAAACAGGAUGGCGCUGCCAUGCGUGCAGGUGUUCAGACUGGGGACAGGAUCAUUAAGGUGAACGGGACAUUGGUGACGCAAUCAAACCAUGUUGAAGUGGUGAAAUUAAUUAAAUCCGGCUCAUAUGUGGCCCUCACAGUAUUAGGCCGGCCUCCCGGGUUGCCCCAGAUCCCCCUCUCUGAGGUAGACGUGGAUCUCGGGUCACCGGGGGGUUAUGGGGACCCUUUCGUUACAUCUCCCAACUCAUACAAUGCAGCGGAACGCACCUCCUCUCCUCUUGUGUCAUGGGAAGAGAACAGUGCUCCACUCAACCAAAGAAUAGACAACAAGAGGAUGGUGUCUAAGGAGCAACAGGACAUACAGGGACUGAAGGAGGACUACAGCAGAACUCCCACACCCAAACCACUACGGGACAUCCAGGAAGCCAAGAAGCACAUUCCACAUCAGCAGGGCCAUACACAUGAGAGUCUGUGUCUCAGGAACAGUGAAGAUGGCUUUUGGGUGCAUGAGGAUCAAUAUAAGGGAGAUUUCAGCCCAGAGGGUUUAUGGAGUGGAAGAUCAGUGUCAUCUGUCCAGCGCCGGUUCUACCCGGCCUCUCCAGAGAGCCAACGGGACUCCAACUGUUCCAGUCCAAAGAGCAUCCCCAGAGACAGCCUCAAUUUCUGCCCCUCCCCUGAGGUCGAGGACGGUUUUGACCUGGAUUCUCGUUUCUCAUCCACCAUUGGGAGCCCACCCUCCCGCCUGGCUUCAGAGAUCAUUGCUGCUGAAGAUGAUGACUUUGACAUUGAGCAGGAGCAGGUGAACGACCAGUGCAACUGCUUCCAGAGUAUUGAGCUGCUCAAGUCUCGCCCUGCUCAUCUUGCUGUCUUUCUGCACCAUGUAAUCUCUCAGUUUGACCCUGCACCUCUGCUCUGCUACCUGUACACUGACCUCUACAAACAGACCAACUCCAAAGAAACACGGCGGAUAUUCAUGGACUUCUUGACGUUCUUCAUAGACCGGGGGGCAGUAAGUGGAGCUUUUCACACCUCAUCUCUUCUCGCUCAAACCCAGCGGCGGAGACCAGAGCUGAUUCCAGAGGAAUUACACAGGCAAUAUAUACAGACAAUGCAGGAAACUCUCCUUCCAGAUGUACAGAGAAACUUGGAGGACUUCAGGCAGAAGCGCAGUAUGGGCUUGACCCUGGCUGAUGUAGAGCUGUCUCGUCUGGACUCUCAACAGCUGGCUGUAGAGAGAGAGAGAUCAUGUGCUGAAAACAUCCUAUCCAAGAUAGAUGACGUUCUGUUGACUUCACAAACCGCAGAAGAGGAGAAAUUCAACGCCAUACAGUAUGUGAUCUUUAUGUAUAUGAAGCAUCUGGGAGUUCGGGUGAAAGAGCAACGAAACCUGGAGUCCAAACGAGUUCGAAUUAAUUUUCUUCCCUCCAAACUAAGGAAAAGCAAAACGGAGAAGGAAGGGGAGGAGAAGCUGAAAAAGCCUCGCUUUCCCAUCCGGGUGCCCCCGCGGUGGCCCAGUCGCAUCGAUUCAGUACCGUCUGGGAGGGCCGGGGACAACAAGCAUCGGCCUCAGAAGCAGAUGUCUCAGCCAGCUUUGGGCGGGUCAGAGCUGAUAGAGGGUGGACGUCUGCGGGGCAGUCAGUCGAGUGAGGGCUCAGACCUCCUACAGAGCCCGAGUUUUAUCACCUCUCCCACCUUCAGUGCCCCUUACAGUUCACCGUCAGACCCCUCUGGCAGGGACCCGGAGUUUAAUAUGAGCUCGUCUGCGGUGGUUCCCCGGCUCAGUGAUGGGCUGCAGUCUGGAGAUGUGCUGGACAGCAUCUACCCACCCUGUGAAGACAUCCCAUACAACAUGGACCAGCUAGAUGAAGAUGGAUACAGACUCCUUGAUGUGGGCACACCUAAACUGAGUAGAAGGUUUGAAGAGUUGCAGAGUGAGGAUGAUCAGGGGAGUGAUGUUUACUCUGAUGUUGAUCCUCCAAACUGGCAGCAGGUGGUCGGGCGUGAUGUUUUAGCAGGCCUGACGCCCCAUGAGAUCAAGAGACAAGAAGUCAUUAAUGAGCUAUUCUACACGGAGCGAGCCCACUUACGCGUGCUGAAGGUCCUAGACAGUGUCUUCUACCAGAAACUCACCCGAGACAACAUACUGCCCCCUGCUGACAUCAAGAACAUAUUCACCAACCUGGAGGAAAUCAUCCAGUUACACAUGAGGAUAGCAGAUCAAAUGACAGCGAUACGCAAGAAGAAUGAGUCAUCGGUCAUCGAUCACAUAGGAGAUGAGUUGCUGUCUUGGUUCAGUGGUGGAGAGGAGGAGAAGAUCAAGCAAGCAGUGGGCACUUUCUGCAGUAACCAACCCUUCGCCCUGGAGCUCAUCAAAUCCCGGCAGAAGAAGGACCAGCGUUUCACCUCCUUCAUACAGGAGGCUGAAAGCAAUCGACUGUGUCGACGAUUACAGCUAAAGGACAUCAUCCCUGCAGAGAUGCAGAGGUUCACAAAGUACCCCUUACUGAUGGACAACAUUGUCAAGUACACAGAUGAGUCAGAGGAGAAAGACAAAGUGAGACGAGCAGCCGAAUGCUGUCGACACAUUCUCAGCCACGUCAACCAGUCAGUGAAGGAGUCGGAGAAUAAACAGAGACUGGAGGACUACCAGAGACGGCUGGACCUCUCUUCCCUCAAGCAGAGCGAGAACCCCAUGAUCUCGGAGUUCAAGAACCUGGAUCUCACUAAAAGGAAGAUGGUCCAUGAGGGUCCUCUGUCCUGGAAGAUUAACAAAGACAAAACUAUUGAGCUGUAUACUUUACUCCUGGAAGACAUCCUGGUGUUGAUGCAGAAGCAGGAUGAGCGUUUAAUUCUCAGGUGUCACAGCAAGAACCUCGCAGGAACGGCUGACACAAAACACAUAUUCAGUCCCAUCAUCAAACUCAGCACUGUGCUGGUGCGCUCGGUGGCGACAGAUAACAGAUCAUUCUUUGUGAUCUCCAUGUCCAAAAACGGAGCUCAGAUUUAUGAGCUGAUGGCCCAAACAGUGUCCGAGCAGAGAAUGUGGCAACGGCAGAUUGCUCAAAGGGCAGAUGUUAUGAACGCCAAACCCCACAGCGUCAUUCCUUUGCCUCAGCACGAUGGUGACAGAGACAGUGUCGAGUUAAGCAAGCUCAACAAAGGCUCUGAACGGAUCUCCACAGGAAGCAUCCAGUCCGCAGAGAAAGACAGUGAAUUUUCGCCCACGGCAGCCCUGCGGGAUUGUGUCCCUGACGCCAGCCCUGGGGAAGAGGACCAGGUCCCGAGAGCUGGCAGGGAUGGCUCGUAUCUGGACUCUGAGCUCUUGAACGGCAGGGACGCAGACUCUCUGUCCUGCUCGUCUAAAGCAGAUGAGGCCCUUAAAACCUUGGCGGCGCUGAAGCAGGUGCUGGUGACUCAGCUGAUGGCUCAGGAUGAGGGCGAGCGAUUGGGCAGAUCGGCCGGCAGUCGUCUCCUCAGGACCACCUCUCUACGCACACCGGUGGAGCACAGCUCCACUCGCACCCCAAGUCGAGCUCAGGACUACAUCUCUGGAGAUACGGGCUUCUACGAGUGCACAGAGGACUACGCAGCUUACCUGGUUCUGGAGGGGUACGGUGGGCCAGGCGAGAGCAGUACAGAUGACGAUAUUCAGGUCCGGAGAAAGGAGUCGAGUUUGGCCCACAGCUGUGCUGCUGACUCGGGCAUCAGCCUCAAGUUCUCCUCACCGUCCUCUGGCAGCACGUCUCGCCUCAGCAGACAGGUCCUCUCACAUCUACGCUGCCUGCAGGCCAACCUCAACCACCUCAAGGAGAUGGAAACCAAGUAUUAUAAUCUACUUCGCCAAAGGCCUGUUGGGUCAACAGCAGAUACGGACGAGAGCAGAGAUAAGAAAUAGAGUGGCAGAAGUUCUGGCUCCUGUGAUGAUGGGGGCAUCGCUUCUAUCCAUAACAUGUCUUCCUCACUGCUGAACACCUCCAUCCAAAAAUGAGGGGAAUAUUCUAACAAGGCCUCUCGCUUCUGCCAGAACUCGUCAAUUAGGGAAGACGGACUGUCUCCUCUCAGCCUUACCUGUCCCGAGUACAUGUCCUCAUUCCAGCAAACGUGGGCAGCCCAGUCUCUUCUCCUUCCCCAGCAGCCCUCGCUAGAGAAAGGAGAACUAUACCAAAAUGUACAAAGCUGUUUAGAAAAUAUAUAAGCUGAGAAAUGAUUUUUUUUAACUAAUAAUGUAUUAAGUUGUUUUCUUUUUUAAAUCCCAAGAUGUAUUUAUUUUUCUUUUUAGUGUUUUCCAUGUUUCUGGCAUGCUUUUGGCUGUUGAAACUCUUAAGCUGUCUGUCGCUGUAGGCUUCAGUGUGACUGAACAGGGCGAGCGCUCCAGAAUUCACUCUUUUCUCCCUCAAUUCUUAUGCAUGGAAGCCCAAGUCUGUGCAGUACAUAAAGAGAAGUUUUUGCUCAAGGCCUCCUUCAGUUACUCCAGCCAUCUGACAUUCCUCCCAGAGACCUGGACUGAUUCAUGUGCCCGCUAGACCCUCCUGCUGAGAUGAAGAGUGGAUGGAGCUCAGGCUCUCUUGGUCUGCAGCUACAUUUUGAUGACUGCAAAAAGAGAAGAUUUGCCAUCAAGAUUGAAGGUGAUGCAAAACCUGGAAAUAAAGAUGCAAUGACAAAA